AUGAGCUCACAAGACUACAAGUUCGAGGGCUGGCUUGCCGAAGAUGCCUCGGCUGCCAAUGGUACCAUGAAAUGGAAAGAGUUUGAGCCCAAGGAGUGGGAAGAGACCGAUGUCGAUAUCAAAGUCACUCACUGUGGUAUUUGCGGUUCCGAUUUGCACACCUUGCGCAGUGGAUGGGGACCUACAGACUACCCAUGCUGCGUCGGCCAUGAAAUCGUCGGUAUCGCCGUACGCGUCGGCUCAAAAGUGCAAAACGGCAUUAAAGUCGGUGAUCGCGUCGGUGUCGGUGCUCAAGGAGAAUCAUGUCUCGGUCGCAAGGGCCACUGCGAGGAAUGCGCCUCCGGGAACGAGAGAUAUUGCGGCAAACACUUUGCCGGUACUUAUAACGGCACUUUUUUGAAUGGGGGCAAAUCGUACGGAGGUUAUGCUCUUUACAACCGCAGCCCUGCCCACUUCGCUGUCAAGAUUCCUGAUGGUCUCUCGUCUGCGGCUGCGGCUCCUAUGCUUUGUGGUGGUGCUACUACAUAUACCCCGCUGAAGGAGUAUGGUUGUGGUCCGGGUAAAUCUAUUGGUGUUAUUGGUGUCGGUGGCUUGGGUCAUUUUGCUAUUCUUUUCGCAAAAGCUCUGGGCGCUGAUAAGGUUGUUGCUGUUUCCCGUAAAGCGAAUAAGAGGGAAGAUGCACUGAAACUCGGUGCCGAUGUUUAUGUUGCAACAGACGAUGAUGAGAAUUGGGCCCAGGAACACGACCGCUCUCUGGACCUUAUUGUCUCUACCGUCUCAUCAUCAAAGAUGCCUCUUGCACAAUACGUUUCCCUCUUGAAGGUUGGCGGUACAUUCGUUCAAUUAGGUAAUCCCGAAGACGGCGCCUUGACUAUCCCUGCCCAUAUCUUGAUUAUGAGAGGCGUGAAGUUGGGCGGCUCUCUCAUCGGUUCCCCCCACGAUCUUCGAGAGAUGUUGCAGUUGGCUGCCGACAAACAGUUGAAGCCCUGGGUUGAGGAACGGCCUAUGAAAGAUGCAAACCAGGCUAUCCAGGACAUGACUGACGGAAAGGCGCGGUACCGUUAUGUGUUGGUGAACGACUGGUAG